UGCUUUAGAAUUCUUAUCCAGGUUCCUUAUGAUACCUUACAAAUUUGUGAAACCCAAAAUGCUAACUGCCCCUCUAACCCAGCUUGCUCUGUCAGCCCGCCUCAUGCCCACUUAUUACAUGCAUAAGCUGCUUCCCAGGUGAGUGGAUAAUGGUAACUGUCAGUGUAAGUUGCAUCAAGCUCCAAAUCCUGCAUUAAAUCCUGUGCAGCGUCAGGAAAAUUCUCUUUCAACACUUUAGAUGGAAGCAAUAUUCCUUAUGCUGGGAAAAAUGCAUAUUUUGGGCCUUUUCUUUUUUGAAAAAUAGCUACGUUUGGAUUUUGCUUGUCGCAGGUAUUACUCACAGUGGAUAUGGUGGCUGAUGACUGCUGAAUUUUUUGCUAAAGCAUAAGGAAUACAGGAAUCUCAGAACGGAACGCAAAAUGGCUGGAAUAAUAAAUACUCACCAUACAUAUGGCACAGUACCUAAAGUAUCCAUACAGGACAUGGAUGAAGUUCUGGAAAGGAUGGAAAAUGGUGAAUGCAGAUUUUUAAGUAAGAACAACAAUAAACCUUGUUCAUCGCAAAGCAUGGAAAGUCCUAAAUGUUACAGCAUAUAUUCAAGCAAGAAUCGUGUGCAUGCUGUGACAGCCACCCUUCAUCGGGACCAACAGCUUUCAGGGGCCAAUGCAGAUUACAAUACCAAUAACAGUAAUAAUAAGGAAGAGGAGGAGAAAAAGAAAAAGAAAAAAGAAAAGAAAGGGAAGUCUGAUCAUAAAAAAGAAAAGAAAAAGGACAAAGAGAAGAAAAAAGACAAAGAAAAAGGGGAGAAGGAAAAGAAUAAAGAUAAUGCAAAAGAGGAGAAAGAGAAGGAGAAAGAAAAAGGGAAAGCAGAAAAGGAGAAAGAGAAGGAGAAAGAAAAAGAAAAGGAAAUAAAGAAAAAAGACAUCUUUGUCAUUGAUCCUUCAGGAAACCUAUAUUACAACUGGCUCUUUUGUAUAACAAUGCCUGUCAUGUACAACUGGACUAUGAUAAUAGCAAGAGCCUGUUUUGAUGAGCUUCAACAAGACUAUUUGGAACUCUGGUUCUUCCUUGAUUAUAUGUCUGAUGCGAUUUACAUCGCUGAUAUGUUUGUAAGAACACGAACAGGUUACUUGGAGCAAGGUCUUCUCGUCAGAGAUGAAGUUAAACUCAGAGACAAAUACAAAAUGACUAUGCAGUUUAAGUUGGAUGUUUUGUCUAUUAUACCAACAGAUAUAUUGUAUUUACAGUUUGGAUUAAACUACCCAGAGCUCAGGCUUAACAAAUUACUACGAGUAGCACGUAUGUUUGAGUUCUUUCAAAGAACAGAAACAAGGACCAAUUACCCUAACAUAUUCAGAAUCUCCAAUCUUAUCAUGUACAUCGUCAUCAUUAUUCAUUGGAAUGCAUGUGUUUACUAUUCCAUUUCUAAGGCUAUUGGAUUUGGGGAAGAUACAUGGGUCUAUCCCAACACAAGUCAUCCGGAGUAUGGAAGACUGGCGAGAAAAUAUGUGUACAGUCUUUACUGGUCAACACUGACGCUGACUACUAUUGGUGAAACUCCACCACCUGUACAAGAUUCUGAAUUCUGGUUUGUUGUUGCUGAUUUCCUGGUGGGAGUUUUAAUUUUCGCUACUAUUGUCGGUAAUGUCGGUUCCAUGAUUUCAAACAUGAAUGCUGCCAGAGCUGAGUUCCAAGGGAGAAUUGAUGCUAUUAAACAGUACAUGCAUUUUCGAAAAGUGAGCAAAGAUCUAGAGAAAAGGGUCAUUAAGUGGUUUGACUACUUGUGGACAAACAAAAAAGCUGUUGAUGAAAGAGAAGUGUUGAAAUACCUACCUGAUAAGUUAAGGGCUGAAAUUGCUAUUAAUGUACACCUUGACACAUUAAAGAAAGUGCGCAUUUUUGCUGAUUGCGAAGCUGGACUUUUGAUUGAGUUGGUAUUAAAACUGCAACCUCAAGUAUACAGCCCAGGAGAUUACAUUUGUAGGAAAGGGGAUAUUGGAAGAGAAAUGUAUAUUAUCAAAGAAGGCAAACUUGCUGUUGUGGCAGAUGAUGGAAUUACACAAUUUGUGGUUUUGAGUGAUGGUAGUUACUUUGGUGAAAUCAGUAUUCUCAACAUCAAAGGAAGUAAAGCUGGUAACAGGCGAACAGCUAAUAUUAAGAGUAUAGGGUAUUCUGAUCUUUUCUGUCUGUCUAAAGAUGACCUUAUGGAGGCCCUUACUGAGUAUCCAGAUGCUAAAGCCAUGCUAGAAGAGAAAGGAAGGCAGAUUCUGAUGAAGGACGGUCUGCUUGACUUGGACAUCGCAAAUUCAGGAGCUGAUCCAAAAGAUAUAGAGGAGAAAGUAAUUCAAAUGGAAGGCUUAGUGGAAAACCUCCAGACGAAAUUUGCUAGACUUUUAGCUGAGUAUGAUUCAGCACAACAAAAACUUAAACAACGAGUAACAAAAAUUGAGAAAAUAAUAAAGCCAGAGACUGAAGCUGUAGAGAUGCUAGUUAUGGAGGAAACCAAAGAUGAAGCUGCAGGAGCACCACCACCCUCACAGGAAUAAAGCAAUUCAUAUAAAAUUGCAAAACUAACUUGUAUCAUAGGACUAUUUUGUACUAAAUAACAGAAAAGACAAGUAAAUGUACUAAUAUACCAUUUUCCCUUUUUUGUCAAAUAUUCAGGAAUAUGUACACUGUGAUAAUUGCUUCUACAGGCCAUAAGACUGCAGUAAUAAAGUGUUCAUCUGAAAAAUUCUCAACAGUUCCCUUGAUUUUAGGAAUCUAAAGGUUAGAUAUUCAGCUACAUAAAGCAUAUAUGCUCAUUUGUAUGUUUAUUGACUAGAUAAAGACGGCAUUACAGAUUUUUUUUUAAAUAAUAUUGCAGCCAGUAUUAGACUGGACUGCCAUAGAUCCCAUAGGCCCACUGUAUAUUUUUCAUGAAUUAUUUUUUAUUUACACCACAGAGCCAUGUAACUAAAUAGUAUAUUUUACACCUGGUUUGUGAAAUUGGGCCUCGGAUGCCAGGUUCUCUGUCGAGCCCUUGGAGGUCCAGUCUGACACUGACUGUAGUUCUACACAGACUUUUUAUCAACAGAGAUGAUUUGUAAUUGUAUAAUAUGUAAAAAAAAGAAUAAUCAUUUUAAAAAGCUACUUUUAGUACAAUCUGCAUUUUGUAUUUUAAUAUAUGUGAUAUACUUUCUAAAUAACUAAA